AUGGCUUUAAUAAACUUCAAGGAAAGAAUCCACAUUUUGUUAAAGCUAAAGGAGUCGCUAAUUCCCCAGGUCGACGGCAAUUUUGUGAAGGACUGGGAAGCGGAAGCAAUGAAUUACCAAGUGACUAGCGAAAAUAUUAUAAUACACUUGAAGGACAUAUAUUUUAUAGAAGGCCUAAUUACGCCCAUUUCAGAUCAGUUAACCUUUUUGAGAAUCAAUUUACAAAAUUAUGUAAAUAUGUCAGAAAAGGAAAAAGAUAAAUUUAAAAGACUGUACGUAUUGGCAGGCCUUGGAUUAAUUGCUAAACUGAAACUUAUCUUAUUCUUUUCCACGUAUAUUAACGCAAGGGAAAAUAAUCGCAGCAAUAAUUUCCCAGUUCUUACCGAAAGUAAUUAUAACCUAGGACAAUACAACUGUGAAAGCAAUUAUGAGGACAAACUCAAUUUAAUUAAUAAUGGCUGUGAACAGUAUGUAAAUAAUGAGGACGAAAAGAUUAGUUCCUCUUUUAAUCAUGUGGACGAUUAUUACAGCCAGCUUCAUGGCUGCACGGAUGAUUAUAAAGAAAACGUUUUUAACAUGAUGGCCCUGAACAACAUAGUGAACUGCAAUUCGCACUUGGGCAAGGACAAAAACGUCAGUGACAGUGAAUACGUGGACAACACGAUAGGAAUCUACGACAGCUGCGUGGAUAUCAGCAGCAAUAAUGUGGGAGGUAAUCACGUCGGCAGCAACCAUGUGGGCGAUAACCACAUCGGAAGCAACCAUGUCGGCAUCAACAAUGUCGGCGUUAACCACGUCAGCAACAACCACGUCGGCAUCAACCAUGUCGGUAUCAACAAUAUCGGCGGUAACGAUGUCAGUGGCAGCCGAGUUGGCAGCAACCGAAUCGGCAGUAACCACCAUGGCUGCAACAACGUAAGGGGAAACCACGUAAGCGGAAAUCACAUAAGCGGAAACCAUGUCGGUGGAGGCCAGUACAACUCGCUACUCCUGCAGAGCGCAGAAGAAUACCCAUCCGACGUGAUGACCCACUUUGCAGUAGAUAAAAACGAAGGCCUGCAAAAUAUCCCCGCCGCCACAUCAAAGAAGAGAACCGCGCAAAUGACGCAAAGCCAAAACAAAACAGCCGAUUUCCUAAAAAGCUUACACACUUUAAAUGGAAUAACAAAUGGCAUCAACGAACGCAUGCAGAGUUACAAUGAACAAAUAAAUAAUGAAGCACACACCUUCUUGCAACAAAACCAAGACCAAAUCUCCCAGUACAUAAAUAAUAUACAUCAAAGUAUUCAUUCUAACAAUGCAAAUGUAGAAUUCAACAGUCGGAAAUCAAACUUAAGCAACUAUUAUGAUUAUGAUAAUGACAACAGUCAGGAAAAUAACAUUCUUCAAUCCUAUAGUAAUAAAAUCUAUGGCUUAAGUGACAAUGUGUAUAAGAACAGCUACUUUUUAUGA